AUGCAACAAGGCAAGAAUAAGAAUAAGAAUAUCAAGACCUUGAUUUGCAGAGAUCACUUAAAGUUGUGCAAUGAUACUGCUCCAAUCAAUCCUAAACCAAUUAUUCCACCAGUUAAGCCAGUCGUUCCUCCUGUUGUUACACCUGUUACUCCAGUUGCUCCAAUUGUUCUCCCAGUUGCUCCACAAAACGCAAGUGAAACAACCAUCUUCUCUGAUAGUAAUGGAAAUGCCACCAUGAAGGGUUUUUACACUACUACCUCAUCUAAUAGUUCCAUCUUGAAUGGUACCUUGGUCACUAAUGGUAAUUUCACACUCAACUCAACUCAUAGUUUGCAUGUUAAUGGAAGUAUUGCUCACACCGAUGGUUCCAUGACAGUUGGUAAUUUGACUAUUGAAGGUGUUUUCAAUGCUAGUGGAAUUGUUGCCAUGAUUAAUGACUCGUUGAUUGUCAAUGGUUCAUCAUUCAUCAACGCUUCAAUUGAUCACGGAUUGAUGCAAGUUAAUGGUAGCAUUGCUUCAAAUGGUUCCUUAAUGAUUUCCAACUCAACUUGGUUCUCUAAUGGAUCUCUCUUUAUUAAUGGUUCAUUCGAUGCUGAUGAAGUUAAUGCUUUCGAAUUGAAUGGUACAUUGGGUCAUAACGGCAGUUUCGUCUAUUCUAACAAUUCUUUGAACACUAAUGGUUCUUUGACCAUUCAAGGUAACUUGACUCUUCCUUCCAUGGACGAAUUCAAUGGUACUCUUCAAGUUAAUGGUACUGUUAACUCCUCAAUCAGUGGUGAUUUGAGCAUCAAUGGUUCGAUGGUUAUGAACGGUUCUUUCAAUGGAAACGAAACUGAUUUCAAUAUGAAUGGUUCCUUGGUUCAUAAUGGUUCAUUCUUCCAAGAUAACGAAACUGUCCACCUUAAUGGUUCUAUGAACUUUGAUGGUAACAUGUCUCUUCCAUCCAAUACCUCAAUUAAUGGAACUAUCUCAGUGAAUGGUACUUUCAAAUCCAUGUCAAUGGGUGUCUUGUCUGUCAAUGGAUCCAUGCUUAUUAAUGGCAGUUUCUCCACUAAUCAAACUAAUUCAUUGGAAUUGAACGGUACUUUGGCCAACAAUGGUUCAUUCGUCCAUGAUAAUUCUUCAAUGAGUUCAAAUGGUUCCAUUACCAUUGACGGUAACAUGACUCUCCCAUCUAACAACUCAAUUAAUGGAACUAUCUCAGUCAAUGGUACUUUAAGAUCAACUGCUUUCAGAACAUUGUCUAUUAAUGGUUCAAUGCUCAUUAAUGGUUCAUUCUCUAGCAAUUAUACCAACUCUUUGGAAUUGAACGGUACUUUGGCAAACAAUGGUUCUUUCUAUCAUGAUAAUUCUUCAAUGAGUUCAAAUGGUUCUUUGGCUAUGGAAGGAAACAUGACUCUCCCUUCAUUGGAUUCUAUCAAUGGUACUCUUCAAAUUAAUGGUUCUAUCAAUUCCACUAUGGAUGGUCAAUUGUCUAUCAACGGUUCCAUGCUCAUUAAUGGUUCUUUCGAUGGAAAUGAAACUGAUUUCAAUAUGAAUGGUUCCUUGGUUCAUAAUGGUUCAUUCUUCCAAGAUAACGAAACUGUUCACCUUAAUGGUUCUAUGAACUUUGAUGGUAACAUGUCUCUUCCAUCCAAUACCUCAAUUAAUGGAACUAUCUCAGUCAAUGGUACUUUCAAAUCCAUGUCAAUGGGUGUCUUAUCUGUCAACGGCUCCAUGCUCAUUAAUGGCAGUUUAUUGGGUAAUGAAACUCUUGAAUUGAAUGGUUCUUUGGCUCAAAAUGGUUCAUUCGAAAUGGAUAACUCAUCCAUUGCCAGCAAUGGUUCUCUCCAAAUGAUUGGUAACAUUUCAUUACCAUGCUCCACCUUGAUUAAUGGUAAUUUAACUGUCAAUGGUACCCUGAACUCAACAGUUGGAAGCAUUUUGACUGUCAAUGGCGAAACCCAUGUUAAUGGUAACUUGACAUUGAAUCAUGCAUUGCUCAUCACUGGUAACUUGACAAUUAAUGGAACUGUUCAUUUGAAUCACUCCAAUGCUGCUAUCAUUGUUCAAGGAGGUGAUUUCACAUCUAUUGGAGGUAUUGUUGUUAAUGGCACUGCUGUUGUCAGUGGUACUUUCAGUGUCAAGUCAACUGAUGUUGAAAGUUCAAUUGUUUCAGUUUCUGCUGAUGGAGCUUUGAGAGCUGACAAUGUUAUUACUGCCAUGACUGUUACUGAUAUGGCUUUCACUAGUAUCAAGAUGAAGAGUUCAAGAAAGAAGUAA